AUGGAUCGAAGUUGGAUGAAAGCAAAAUGCAUCAGUGAUGAGUAUGAGAACGGGGUGAAACAAUUUCUACACUUUAUGCAACUUAAUGCUGAAAGUUUGAGGGGCAAUUAUUUUUGCCCAUGUGUUAAAUGUCUUAAUGGUAGACGACAGUCAGUUGAUGAAAUCCGAUCACGUCUGAUAUGUUACGACAUCAUUCCAAAUUACACAAAAUGGAUAUGGCAUGGGGAAUCGGCCGACAUUCCAACUGUUUCUCAGUCUCAGGCGGUUCACGAAGACAGCAGAGAGCGUAUAGAGGAAAUGAUCUGUGAUCUUGGACAAGAGACUUUUGAGCAAGCGCAUGCACCUCUGUAUGAUACAAUAGAACAUGAUUCCAACACACCAUUGUAUCAGGGGUGCACAUCUUUCACGCGGUUGUCAGCAGUGUUAGCUUUGGUAAACUUGAAGGUAAGAUUUGGGUGGAGUGAUAAAAGCUUCACUGAAUUGCUGGUCUUAUUGAAGAACAUGCUUCCUGAACAAAACACUUUGCCGAAAAAUCACUACGAGGCCCAAAAGAUUUUGUGUCCAGUGGGAAUGGAGUACAAGAAGAUCCAUGCAUGCCCUAAUGAUUGCAUAUUGUAUAGAAAUGAGUAUGCAGAACUACAGCAAUGCCCCACGUGUGGGGUAUCACGAUACAAAGUGCAACAUGAUGAAUUAACUGAUGAUGCAGGAACCAAAAAUUGUCAUCCUGCCAAGGUGUGCUGGUAUCUUCCAAUAAUACCAAGGUUUAAGCAAUUGUUUGCUAAUGCACAUGAUGCAAAAAACCUUUCAUGGCAUUCGGAUGACCGAAAAUCUGAUGGAUUACUGCGACAUCCUGCCGAUUCGCCGCAGUGGAAGACAAUUGAUCGUUUGUAUCCAGAGUUUGGGGAUGAGCCAAGGAACCUAAGGCUUGCUCUUGCUUUUGAUGGAAUGAAUCCUUAUGGUAGCUUAAGAAGCAACCACAGUUCAUGGCCUGUUUUACUGAUGAUUUACAACCUUCCCCCAUGGUUGUGCAUUUUGCGUAAAUAUAUUAUCCUGUGUAUGAUGAUCGCGGGUCCAAGGCAGCCAGGGAAUGAUAUUGAUGUGUAUCUUACGCCAUUAAUCGAAGACUUGAAACAAUUGUGGGAAGAAGGGGUAGAUGUGUGGGAUGCAAAUGUGCAGCAGACGUUCAGGUUAUGCACAAUGGUGUUUUGUACUAUUAAUGAUUUUCCAGCAUAUGGAAAUUUAAGUGGAUACAGCGUGAAAGGGCAUCAUGCAUGUCCUAUCUGUGAGAAAAACACAAGCUUCAUCCAACUCAAGCAUGGAAAGAAGACAGUAUAUACCAGACACCGAAGAUUUCUAAAAUCUUUUCACCCUUAUCGACGAUUGAAAAAAGCUUUUAAUGGAAGUCUGGAGAAUGAAGGCCCCCUGGAAGCAUUAACUGGAAACCAAGUUCAUGAUCGCGUAAAGGAAAUUGUAACCGUGUUUGGCAAGUCCCAGAAGAAGACAUCAUCUCCCAACAACAUGUGGAAGAAACGCUCAAUAUUCUUUGAUCUUCCAUACUGGUUUGAUCUAUAUGUGCGUCACUGUCUAGAUGUUAUGCAUGUGGAGAAAAAUGUGUGUGAUAGUUUAAUUGGUACUCUUCUUAGCAUUAAAGGGAAGACAAAGGAUGGUUUGAAAUGUCGUCAAGACUUGGUUGACAUGGGAAUACGAGAGCAGUUGCAUCCCAUAUCACAAGGUCGGCGAACAUAUUUACCCCCAGCAUGCCACACACUGUCAACUGCAGAGAAGAAAAGUUUUUGUCAAUGUCUGCGGAAUGUCAAAGUUCCACAAGGAUACUCUUCAAAUAUCAAGAGCUUUGUCGCCCUCAAUGAUCUUAAGUUGGUUGGCUUGAAGUCUCAUGAUUGCCAUGUCUUAAUGCAACAAUUAUUGCCUGUUGCGAUUCGCGGCAUCUUGCCUGAGAAAGUUAGAGUUGCCAUAACCCAUUUGUGCUUUCUUUUUAAUGCCAUCUGUAGUAAAGUCAUUAAUCCUCAUCAAUUGGAUGACUUGGAGAAUGAGGCUGCCAUUGUCAUUUGUCAGUUAGAGAUGUAUUUCCCACCAUCAUUUUUUGACAUCAUGGUUCACCUAAUUGUUCAUCUUGUGAGGGAAAUUCGUUUGUGUGGUCCGGUUUUUUUGCGGUGGAUGUAUCCAAUUAAACGCUACAUGAAAGUGUUGAACGGAUAUACCAAAAAUCAAUACCGACCAGAAGCUUCCAUUGUAGAAAGGUAUGUUGCUGAAGAAGCUAUUGAGUUUUGUUCACAGUACAUGGAAACAAUUGAAGCUGUGGGGGUACCGAAAAUUCGUCAUGACCGGACACGAGGAGGUCAAGGGACACGAGGCUUCAAUGUUGUUACCAUGAGUCGACAAGAUGUGUCACAAGCGCAUUUGUAUAUCUUGAAUAACACACAGGAGGUCGUUCCAUACAUACAAACUCACAAACAAUAUCUGACAUCUAUUAACCCAAAAUUGAACAUGAUGAAAUUGUUGCAAGAGCAUAAUAGAACUUUCAUGAACUGGUUUAAAGAAACAAUUAUGAGUGAUGACAAUGCUUCCAAAACAUUAAGAUUGUUGGCUAUUGGUCCAAAUCUAAAUGUCCCUACUUGGCAGGGGUAUGACAUAAACAAUUAUUCAUUCUAUACAAAGUCACAAGAUGAUAAAAGUAGUGUGCAGAAUAGUGGGGUGAUUGUGGAGGCUCAUUCUGAGCACUUUUCUAGAGCAUCUGAUAACAACCCAAUUGAAGCCUCAAUGCCUUAUUUCGGAGUUAUUGAAGAAAUCUGGGAGCUUGAUUAUAAUCAAUUUAGAGUGCCAGUAUUUAAAUGUAAAUGGGUUAAUGGAAAUACCGGUGUUCAUAGAGAUGGAAUGGGAUUCACUUUAGUAGACCUUAACAAGGUAGGUUACAAGGAGGAACCAUUCAUUAUCGCAGAACAAGCUAGACAAGUGUUUUACAUCCAAGAUCCAAAUAAUCGUAGAUUAUCAGUGGUUCUACAAGGAAUGCCAAUUGGUGUUAGGGAACAAAUUCAUGAUGCAUCCCUUGACAUUUGUGAGACUCCUCAUUUUUGCACAAAAAUGCUUUCAAUAUGUGAACAAGCAGAGGUGGAUGACGUACAUGCGAUUCGUCAUGAUCAUGCUGAAGGUUUAUGGGAGAACAUUGCUCCUUAA